AUGGCGCGCGCCGGCAGCCCGUGGGAGCACGACGCACAGCUGUGGAGGAGCGCCCCGGCCGCCGGCAUGUCGCCGCUGCUCCGCGCCCUGGCCGCCGCCGCCGCCUUCGCAGCACUCGCAGCCCAGCUGGCCGCCGCUGGACCUGUGACGACGACCUCCAUCACAGAGUUCGUGGGCAGCGAGUUCAUUGAGCUGUCUGAGGACGACGACGUGCAGUUCCAUCUGUACACGAGGGCACACCCUCGCAGCUACCUGCGGCUGGAGGCUGUCGAGCAGACGGACUACGACCCGCGGCGGCGCACAGUGCUCAUGGCGCACGGGUACCUGGGCUCCGGCACCACCGAGACCGUCAUGAUGAUGCGAGACGCCGUGCUGGAGGCGGCGGACGUGCACUUCGUGGCAGUACACUGGGGGCGGCUGGCGGACGGCGACUACCGCGACGCGGCCUCCAAUACGACGGUGGUGGCCGAGAGGGUGGCAGCCCUGUUGGACGCGCUCAUCGCGGGGCUGGGCGCGCGCGAUGCAGACUUCCACCUGCUGGGCUUCAGCCUGGGCGCUCAGGUCAUGGGGCAGGUGGGACACGCCAUGACUGCUGGCCGCGUCCACAGGAUCACCGCGCUGGACCCGGCCAAGCCGCUGUUCGACUCGCGGCCCCUGCAGCAGCGGCUGGACUCGGGCGACGCCGAGCUGGUGGUGGUGCUGCACACGGCGGGCGGCAUCGCCGCCUUCGCGGAGCCGCUGGGCCACCUCGACUUCUACCCCAACGGCGGCGUCUCCCCGCAGCCGGCCUGCGUCCGCGAGAACUUCCCUCUGGUGUGCUCGCACAUGAUGGCGCCCUCGUACCUGGCGGAGGCGGUGCGCCGGCCGGGCGCUUUCGUGGGCUCUCGCUGCACCUCCUGGGAUGACUUCUCCAGCGGACGCUGCGAGGGGCAGGACGGAAUCGCGCUGGGGCUCUUCCAGAACUACUCGACGUUCGGCUCGUUCUACCUGCGCACGGCGGAGCAGUCUCCGUACGGCCUGGGGGAGGCGGGCGCGAGGCCAUCACAGCCUAUGCUGGACCUGGACAACUCACUGGAGGCGGAAGGUGCCGCGCAGCGGCGCGAGGGGCGCAUGCGUGACCUGGAGAACACGCUGCCUCCGGCUGGAGGCUCUGGCGCCGUGGCCCCGUGGGAGGCGCUGUUGCUGCUACUGGCUGCCACCAGCGUUGCCAUGGCAACCACGUGACCUGCGCGGCCAGGUGUGCUCGUCCACCUUCGUGCCGGAUAGCGGCAGUGUGGUGAACUUCCGAGCAGAACUGGCUGCAACCAUGUCGCUGCCAGUGAGACUCGCGAAACAAGCUCUUUGAACAGUGUGCCCGCGUCAAAUAUUUACGCUCGGUGUGCGUUUUUAUGUGGCUGUGAGGACUUGUGUUUCUUAUAAUAGACGCUCUUUGAUAAAUUAUUCAGACGUUGCUAUAUUAUAAAAUCAUAAAUAUAGUGAGCCGUUAAGUGAAAAUAAAAAAGUAUU